AUGAGGAAGGAUUGGAACACAAAGUUUGGUGGGUCAUCCAAAGUGUUUGCAUCCGGCAACAGCAAACAAAUCAAAUCUGGGGUUGCAAGAGUGUUUACAAUGAUAGAUCCCCGAAAGCCUUUGCCUGAGGCGGUAAACAUCCAAUUCGACUCUGAAAACAUUAGGAGAGUGCUGGUAUCAAGCCCAUGGAUGCCUUCGGUGUGCCAACACUGCAAAGAAGUUGGGCAUAGUCUCAAGCACUAUAAAUUUGCUCCUAUAAAGUGCCUUAAAUGCAAAGCAACUGCUCACGACAAUGAGAGUUGCCCCAAGCUUAAACCCCCAGGUUCCAAGGAUCCUAAAUCAAGGCGGGGCAGAGCUAAGAGCCAUGACGUGAAUAUGGAGAAUAAGAAUAUGAGCGUUGCCAAAUAUUCUAUGGAGGUGAUGAGAUUCAGUGAAUCUUCUUUGGGAAUGUCUAAGUUGGAAGACAAUGAAGAAUCUAGUGAAGUUGUGCAUAAUAAAAGCAAGGUUUCGGCUGACACUGAUGCUGUUGAGAGUGCUCUUUCUGAUGUUGAACUAGAUUCAUAUGAUAUCGAUUCAGGCGACUCUCAGAGCCCGGACGAACCACAGAUGUCUCAAGGCUUUCAACAGGUUGUCUCUAAAAAGAAGAAGAAGAGUUCUAGGGGCAAGGGCCCCAACCUCGCAUAA